AUGUUUUCUACUCCACCAUUACAACAAUCCUCACCAUCACCUUUGCUCCGCACCAUCACUCCUUCGCAUUCCCGCACAGCACGCUCUUCACUUUUCUCGCCUUUGUUCUCCUUGCUUUUUCUGCCCGUCGUCGCCGCUCCACUCAUGCCUGGGACUACACGCGGCAAGGCUGCUCAACGAUCCAAUGCCGAGCAUGCUCGCAACUCCAAAAUCGCUGCCUCCGGUGGCUCGCGUUCGGCCGGUGCUCCCCGUUCCGCCGCUGGUGAUCGCUCUGAGCCCGAGUUUCGUCGCCGCACCGCCUCUCCGAUCAAGGACGAUGCAAGCCCGUUUACCCGCUCGUCUGUCAAGAAGCAGUUCAACUCUCAAGCCGGCGCUCCGCGCGAGUUCGCCUGCGAGCGAUGCGUCAAGCGAUGGGCCGCCAACAAUGGUCUUGGCCUUUGCUAUGACCAGGCAAACAGCAAGAGCGGUCGCUGCGAGGCUUGCAAGACCCAUACGUGCGCGCUCGUCGACAAGUCGAUCGCCAGCAUUGUCUACCCCGCCAUAAAGCAAGGCAUUCAUGAGCAGCGGAAGGACGCUCCCUUCAAUAUCGUCAAGAAGUAUCGCGAUGUCGUCUUGGAGCAAAUCAAGGAGCUUGAGGAUAGCCUCAAGUCUGAGCGUCCAACUACCCGUGCUUCGGAGAAGGCUCCCGUGUCCGAUGACAACGAUGACCGAUCCAUUUCUGAAGAGGAGGAUGUUGCUUUCGAUCUCGACGCAUACUAUGCCCGCUCUUCCCAGAAAGAGGAAGACUUUGACGAUCUCUCUGGCGAGGCUGACUACACUACGCCUACUCGUAAGACGAGCAUCUAUCGCCAGGAUGAGUAUGAUCCUUUCAUUGAUCAUGAGCCUUCGGCUAGACCUUCAUCUGCUCGAAAGUCUUCUGCUGGUCCUUCGUCUGCUCGAAAGCCUAAGCGUCUUGCUGUUCCUGAUCGCGCUGCUGUUCGUCGCAAGUCUGUUCAAGACUUUGCUGAUCACAUUAGCAAGAUGGCCACUGAGUUUGCCGAGAAGCUUGAGCGUGAUGAAGCUUAG